AUUGUCGAUAGUUACUGGUAACUAUUAACCGGAUGCCUAGUACCCUGGCAGGUAUCAUCAAAAUGCAAUAAUUAUUUAAUCUUCUCGCAAUCGGAUACGAGUCGGCGGACUUGGAUGUACUCGCAUUCAGUGAAAUUCUGAUCGUCUCAUCGAAAAUUCGACAAUGAGAAAUAAUGAGAUGAUUGAUUGGGGGGCGUUAUGAACAAUGUGGUUUCGAGUUACAAUAUUUUGGAAUGACCGAGAUGUUCAUUACAGUCGUCCAGGAGAUUACGAGAUGUGCUUGAAAGUUUUCAUAUUUUGUGCGUUAUUUGCUGUUGCAUACGCAGGGGAUGACGAUGAUGAUUGCAAAAUCACGAGAAAAAACCUUCCAGAGCAGAAACUUAGGGAUCAUCUAUUCUGCGAUUAUUCUGGUUAUGAUUUACGACCAGUUAAAAAUAGCAAUAUAACCACUAAUUUGACAGUGAAGCUGAUAAUGAAAUACUUCACUUAUGAGGAAACAACGGCAACAUUAACUGUGGAUAGCUGGAUGGCACUGUUUUGGAUGGAUCAACAUCUGAAAUGGGAUCCAAAUGAAUUCGACGGAAUAAAACAGGUACACAUAAGUAACAAUGAGAUGUGGGUACCUGAUUUAUCUUUAUACAACAAGGCUGAUCAAUCUGGCGAUUCUGGAAUAAUCGAUGAGAUAACUUGUAUUUUAAGUUAUAAAGGCUCUAUAGCAUGUGUACCAACAGCCAGACAUGAGGCCUUGUGCAUACCCGACCUUUUGAAAUUCCCCUACGAUAGUCAGACAUGUACUUUACGUUUUGGUUCAUGGAUACACACCGGGGAAGAAUUAAAUCUAUUACUCGCAAAGCCUGCUUUCACAGUGGAGGAUCUCCAGCUCAACGGGAACUGGGAAUUGGCUUCUAUCAAUGCGAAAAGAAUUGCUGGAAAAUACAAAUGUUGUCCAAACAGCACUUUUCCCUCGCUGGAAUACACACUCGUUAUAAAUCGGAUAUCUCCAAAUCACGCAUCUACCAUCGUCAUCCCAGCAGUAGUUUUACUGUUGAUGACGCUAACGUCUCUUUGGAUUCCGCCAGUUAAACAAGAGAGGAUGAGUUUGUGCUUCGUCAAUUUAGUUUCUCAUUUCCUGCAUCUUCAGUACGUUUCCUGGAUGGUACCAACUCAUGGAAGGAAUGUUCCAUAUUUGGUGUCAUACGCGAGGGAUUCUCUUCUACUGACCUGUUUCACCAUAGUACUAACUGUUAUCUUGAGGAAUCUUAUAGAGGGAAAUCCAAAGGCACCAGGAUGGGUCUCUUCUACAGUUUCGAUUCUUACUGGAUGUAAAGCUGGAGAGAUUAUUCUACUGAAUGAUUAUUCAAUCAAGGGUAUUUCUCCACUGAAGAGUGAAGAAGACGAAGUCAACAUUAUCAACAACCAGAACAGCAAUUCUCCAGAAAAUAAAGAUUGGUUGAUAAUGGCAAAAGUUUUAGAUAGAAUUUGUUUCUUGGUUUACUUCCUUAUUUAUUUGAUAAUGUUUAUCUCUUUCUUCCCGUAAAGUUCCAAGUAUCUACAUAUAAAGCCUGUAAAAUCUGCCAUUUCCCAAAGUUUGUAAUUAUUGUAAUAAUUAGUAAUGAAUUGUUGUAAAUGAUGUUAAUAAAAAUUAAUUUUUAGGCGAA